AUGGGCCCUCUUCACCUCGCCGCCACGGCACUUGCCCUUGGAAAUAUCGGCCUUGGGAAUCCCGUCCCACAGAGCACGGCCAUCUCGGCGGCCAAAUAUUGCGAUGCUGCUACUACGAUAUGCUAUUCUGAAUGGCUGAGCCCCGAAAAGAUUGCAUACCGAAUUGCCAUUCCUGACACGGCCACGGCGGGCAACUUUGAUGUCCUGCUCCAGAUCGAGGCCCCUCGGACGAUAGGCUGGGCAGCCAUUGCGUGGGGCGGCGUGAUGGUCAACAACCCCCUAACAGUGGGUUGGGCCAAUGGAGACAAGACUGUUGUCUCGAGCCGAAGUGCAAGUUCAACGGCCAACACCACUCACUGGACUCUCACCGUCCUCGCCAAGGGCGUCAGUUCAUGGGGCAGUACGAAUCUUAACCCGGCCGGCACAGUGUCACUAGCGUAUGCGCAGUCAGCAACCCCCCCUGCGGAGCCGGCCAACAAUGCCACCCGGUUCAGCAUUCACAACUCCCGGGGCAAAUGGACACAUGAUCUGAAAAGCGCUCAGAUCGCCAAUUUUGCUGAGUUGAUUGAGAAAGCUUAUGCUGCGAUUGCUUGA